UUUGGUUCUAUAAAAGUGUUUCAUGUGGUUAAUCAUUAUUCUUCUGUUUUGGCUAUGCGAAUUAAACAAAAGUUACCUAUAUAUCUAAGAUAAUAUUUGUAUAUACGUAAAUAUAUAUAUAUAAAUGAAGAAUGUCAAAUGGAUUAUCGAGCAAACCGUCGACAAAUUUAGUUGAUUUUGAUACUCCCUCAAAAGAAUUACAUUUAAAUCACUUAAGCAAAUCUUUACAUAGUGUUGCAAAAUCAAUUAAUUUUAGUGAUGAAAACUACAGUCGUCAGAGUUCUUUAGACUGCAUUAUAAUAAAUCAAAAAAAAAAGAAAGACUUGUUUUUUACAGUAAACGAACUUAAACUUUCUGAUUUAUUUGAUUGGAAAGAUUAUAAAAAUCAAUCACAAAAUCGAAAUAUUCCUCAGUCUGGCACAGUAGUUACAUGUAAUAAUCAUAAAAUUGCAUUGUUCAGAAUGGGUUGGGAAGUGUUUGCUAUUGAUGAGAAUUGUCCACAUCAAGGAGGGCCUUUGCAUGUUGGAGACAUUGAAACACUUGGAGAAGCUCAUAUACUUUGUGUUAUUUGCCCUUGGCAUAAGUGGAGAAUAGAACUAAAAACUGGUAAAGUUAAGUUGCCUCGAGGCAGGGAUAAACGCAAUGAAGUUUAUCCAACACGGGUCUUAAAAGAUGGCUCAAUACAAGUUGGUUUCUCUGCAAUUUCUGAUAAAUUUUUUAAGAUAGAUGAUAGUAUUGACUUUUAAUACAAAUUUACUUAAAUGAUAAUAAAUAUCUUUUGGAUCACCCAGAAAUCUUUGAAUUAUAGUUGAAUAAAAUUUGAGUUUAAGGUGUGCAAAGAGUUGGUGCUAUUAUUUCAACUAAUUUAGUUUUUUCUUUUUUUCAUACUAUAGAAAGUUUGUUUUUAUUUCAAGUCAACAUAAAUAUAUUAUGAAUAUUUGUUAAGUUA